AGUAAAAGCUGGUAACCCUCACUGGAGGUAUAUCAGACCCAUGUAGCUAAUUACCGCUAAAUGCUGUCGAGCGAUACAACUAACGGAGAGACGCCUCUGGAAAAGAAAACAACAUGCCGACCUUGUGUUUGCCCCUUUCUCGCCUCGUUAGAAGCAAGAACAAUAUUCGGAAGCUGUUCACAACUAAGGCUUUGAACACGAGAGGUGGAAUACGGGUUCUGAGCUCUCGACCGCUGUGGCAUGUAAACUGUCGGGGUCCGAAAUAUCGUCCCACGUCCUGUCAUCGAAUCCCCAUGGAACAGCUGUUAUCAGCGAACAUGUGUACCAGCUCCUUGAGUGACAAAGAUAUGACCAAUUGGUUGUGGUGUGUUUACAAUGAAACCAAAAGGCAAACUGAAGAUUUAAUCCCAGUGAUAUCAAACAACUUUGUGAAUCCUGACACCAUCUUCGCCAACAAUGAGAUGAGCUUGCAAGAUAUCGAGAUCUAUGGCUUUGACUAUGACUACACUUUGGCCUUCUAUUCCAGCCACCUCCACACUCUGAUCUUCAACAUUGCUCGAGACAUUCUCAUCCACGAACACAGGUAUCCUGAAGGACUGAAGGAAUAUGGAUAUAUCCCUGAUUUUGUGGUUCGGGGGCUACACUAUGACGUUCAGAAGGCUUUACUAAUGAAGAUUGAUGCUUUUCAUUACAUUCAGCUGGGAACAGUCUACAGGGGGCUCCAUCCUGUGCCAGAUAAAGAAGUCAUUGCUAUGUAUGAGGGCUCCCACGUACCCCUGGAGAUCAUGAGUGACUUUUAUGGCAAGAGUUCCCAUGGACACACUAUGAAGCAGUUCAUGGACAUCUUCUCACUGCCUGAGAUGACCCUGCUUUCAUGCGUCAAUGACUACUUCAUGAAGCACAACAUUGACUAUGAGCCCGUGCAUCUCUACAAAGAUGUCAAGGAGGCCAUAGGAGAUGUCCAUGUGAAAGGAAUUAUGUAUCGAGCUGUGGAGGCAGAUAUCGAGAAGUAUAUCUGUUAUGGUGAACAGACCCAUGCUGUUCUAAGGAAGCUUUCAGAAAAUGGAAAGAAGAUGUUUCUAAUCACCAACAGCCCCCUGGAUUUUGUAGAUCGGGGAAUGAACUACAUCAUUGGAAAAGACUGGAGGGACCUAUUUGAUGUGGUCAUAGUGCAGGCCGACAAGCCAGGUUUCUUUAAUGACCGUAGAAAGCCAUUCAGACGAGUUACUGAUAAAGGAGUGUUGCUGUGGGACAGGAUUCACCACCUGGAGAAGGGGCAAAUUUAUAAACAGGGAAACUUGUAUGAGUUCUUGAGACUUACUGGCUGGAGGGGAUCAAAGGUUUUGUACUUUGGUGACCACAUCUACAGUGACCUUGCUGACCUGACACUGAAGCACGGCUGGAGGACAGGGGCGAUCAUCCCUGAAUUACGGAAGGAAAUCAAGAUCAUGAACACAGAGGAGUAUGUGCAUACCAUGACUUGGCUGCAGAGUCUGACCAACCUGCUGGAACACAUGCAGGUGCACCGAGAUGCAGCCUCACAGGCAGUGAUUCAGCAGUGGGUCAGAGAGAGAGAAGACAUGAGGUCUCGGGCAAAAAACAUCUUCAACGCUCAGUUUGGGAGUCUGUUCCGCACAUAUCACAACCCAACCUACUUCUCCCGCCGUCUGUCACGCUUUGCUGACAUCUAUAUGGCUUCCAUCAGCUGCCUGCUCAACUACGACCUCCAGUACACCUUCUACCCGAGACGUACCCCACUGCAGCACGAGGCCCCCUUCUGGCCAGAGCAGACAAGUGCAGGGGCUAUGAACAUACCCUUCCAGAACCAUGGGACAGGAUUAAAGUAGAACUGUGGGAAUAACAGGUGGCAUUAUUUUUACCUAGCAAAAUGUGAUCAUCAUAGCAAAAUGCUGCUGUUUAAGUACAGACACAGACACAUCAGCCACACAAAUGUGGUCUUUUAUUUUUUGAUAUUGGAGAUGAGAUGACCAUGCAAUUACCAAUUAUCAAUUCAAAGCACCAUGCAAUUCCCAAUGUAAUGACAAAGACAUUACUGCUGCACACACACACACACACACACACACAAAUAACUGGGACUAUUUGGUUUCUCUUUUGCAUGCUUUACCUUUAGAUGGCAGAAUUCAGCAAUUCAGCUAAGCAUGUCACAAUCGUGCAGCUGUGCAGUAAAAUCAUCGGUCAAGGGUUCACAUUCAGUGUUGAAUGUUAGAAAAAGAAUGUGAUAGUGGGUCAUCCUCCAUCAGACGUGCAAAGCAGCUAUAGCUUUUUAGUAUUUUAAGCUGUCACUACCUUGUUUUUAGAUUUACAGUAUACCUGAUUCUGUGUGAAUGUUUUGUCUUCAGUGACUGGCUCUUUAUUAACUAUAGUUUAAAAGAAUAUUUUUGAAUUGUUUUUUUUAUUAUGUUGCUGAAUGAUUAGCUGUUUCUGGAUAAUGUGCAUAAGAGAGUUGUGGAGAUUUUAUAAUAAGCAAUAGCUCCUCUUUGUAUGCAGUGCAUUAUAGAAGCCCAGUUCGGCUCAUAGAAAUUGUUCAUGUCUUCUGUUCAUGCAUGCUAAAACGGGCAUAUGUAGAAUAUAACUGUCCCUUUUUUGCUCUGAUGCUACCAGCAUCUUGGAUCCAGACCCUAACAAUAGCCCAGGGAUGGAUAAUUCUAGAGACCCACAGGACUGCACUGUUGACAUAAAUAGCUUUUCACUGUGCAAUUGCCGUGACUCCAAAACAUUGUAGUAGUUGUCGCUACUUGUGGCAGUAGUACUGGUAUCUGACCAGAAAACCCAGUGCGUAUCCUGUCAAAGUAAACCAUAAUCUGAAAUACUGCAUUUCUUUUCAUAACAUCUGUCCUUGCGUUGUAAACAGGAACUUAUCAGCCCCAAUUUUCCAUUGUGGAGUGAACUGUUUGGUAUGCACAAUUUCUAGCAAGUUACAAAGGUAUAUGGAAAGCUGCAUAUAAAUUAUUCAGAUUUACAGUUGAAACCUUGUCUUAUGUUUUAAAUGCCUUUCAUUCUUUAUGUAUCCAGUGUAUUCAUGUACUGUAUGAUUUACACAGUAGUUUUAAAAAAAUACCCUAAUUAUUGAAUGUGUAUUGACUCUCAAAUUGUGUAACUGUGUAAUGUCAUUACAGUAGAGCUUUGAGUUUUUAAAAUGUAAAGUGUAAGUGUGCAUUUUCAUUCUACAGAAUCUAGGGCUGGAUUCACAAGAAUCAUAAGAUAAACAAUAAGAGGUUCACAAGUUCUUAAUUGCAGUUCUCUUAAAACUUAAACAUUUCUCAAAUAUUCUCUUAUAAAAAUCUUUAUUUUCUUAUGUAGACUAUGCCAUAACUAAUUUGUUACAUAACCAAUUGCAUUUUCCAGUUUACCAUAAAUGAUGUGAAAUACAUUUUUAAUUUGUAUUAACCAUUAUUUGGUAUAUACAAUAUAAUCCACUUAGAACACAGCAAGAUGGAGGAAAAACAUCAAACUAGUGUUAAAAAAACCUAUACAUGAUGGUGGAGGAAAUAGAACGUAAAAAGAAUGUAGGCCGUAUUUCCAAAAAUGUAUACUUUGAGUAAAUUAGUAUUUACCUUGUCAGUGCUUACAGUAUGUAGACAAGUAUGUAAUCGUUAAGAAAAUAUAUAAGAGCAUUUUUUUUCCAAGAAUAACACUUGAUGUUAGAAUUGUUUUCUAUGAGAAAAGUUUAGAAAAAACAUUUCUUGUUUUUUUUAAGAAUAAGAUUUUUUUUUCUGAAGUGUGAAAUUAAGAAAAAAAUAUAUUUAAGAAAAUGUUCUUUCUUAAGGCACGUUCAUGAUUCCGGCCCCUGAUAUUAUAUAUAUUAUAUCUGGUUAUCCAGUUGUCAUUUUGCUUCAUUUCAACAUAGCACAGUACACAUGUUCUCAUCACAAGGCAGCUGCUUAAACAGCUUUAUACAUAAUGGUGUCUUCAUAUAUAAAUUAAUACAGUUCCUUUUUGUAUUUGCACCAUGAAUUUAAAUGGUUAUUUUGCUUUUUUUCAUAACUGAAAAGGGACAGAUUGGGCUGAAGGACCUCCCUAGACACAAUAGCCUUGAGUCAAAACAGUAUUUUGUGGUUAUUUUGACUUUUUGCAUGGUUUACUGUAUUUCUUUUUUGUGAAACCAUUAUUUGCAAUAGAUCAUAUUUUAGAUGUAUUUAUUAAAGCUUCCAUG